UCCAUGCAAAACAAUUCCAACCUGACGGCAGCGGUGCUGCGGAACGGGCUGGUGGAGGUGACGCUGUACUAUGUGGUGACCACGCUGCCAUGCUGUCUGUUCCUCUUCAUCAAUGUGACCAUGUUGUUCACUCUGAGGAGCAAAGCUGUGUUCAGGGAAACCUCCCGAUACAUCCUCCUCUUUAACCUUCUGUUUUCAGACACCGUGCAGCUGGCUCACAACCAGAUAAUGCUUCUGCUGUCGGGAGGAAAACCGUUGGUGUACCCGCUCUGCAUCGCUCUAACAGCCCUCAGCUUCUUCUCCCACAAUGCCUCCAUCCUCACACUGGUGCUGAUGUGUCUGGAGAGAUACAUCGCUGUGUGUUAUCCACUGAGGCACGCAGCCAUCGUCACCAUCAAGAACACAGGGGAGGCAGUGUGUGUGCUCUGGACCUUCAGUCUUCUGAUUGUUCUGGUGGAGGUGGUUCUGAUGCUGAAUGUUCCUUUCAAGGACCUGCCAAACAAGCAGCUGAGAGAGUUCUGCGGGAGAGAGAACCUAUAUCCUGACCAAGUGGCUGAGAUGUACCACAAAGUCUUCACCUACUUCCUCUUCACAUAUGCAGGAGUCACCGUGACUUUCUCUUACAUCGCCAUCAUGCUGGCAGCACGGUCGGCCUCCACCGACAAAGCUUCGGCCAGGAAGGCGCGGAAGACGCUGCUGCUGCAUCUAAUGCAGCUGGGCCUCAGCAUGUCCGCCACUGUCCAGACCUCUUUACUCAUUCUCAUAUUCCAGAGCAUAGAGAGGUCCGCCGCCACCAGCGUGCAGGUUUUCCUCUACAUUCUUCUCAGCCUUCUUCCCAAAUGUCUUAGCUCCCUCAUCUAUGGCCUCAGAGAUCAGACCAUCAGACCCGUCCUCAUGCUGAACCUCAGCUGUGGGUGGAAGAGCCCUUCCAGCACUGUUGCUCCGGUGAACGUUAAAAUCUGAUUCCUCCUCAUGCAAACCUGUUGGUUUUCAUUUUUAAGUGAAACUCCAGAUCAUAAAUGAGGCUGCAAACCAGUUUUUAGAUUUGUUUUUCAACAAGAAAAGGUGACAUUAUGAAGGUUCAGGUCUGGGUUUUGAUAGACCAACCUGUCAUAAGAGUUAGAGCAGGACACCUGAGCCCUGGGGAGGUGAUCCUGAGAUCACAGCAUGAGCCGACACAAAAAAGAACUGCUCUUUCAAAACGCUUACUUUUUUCUUUUUGUUAGCUUUGAAUCAAUUCAUCACAAACUUUGUUUUCAUUAGACUGGGAGAAACGUCAGUGCUUUUCCUUUGCU